AGAUAGUCCUGGAGGAAACACAGAUGACGUGUUUGGUCACGUAAAGUCUUCUAAAAAAAUGUAUGGGUUACUGCUAGAAUCGGUUGAAAAUUACAUUAAAGAAACCUAUGGUGAGGAUGCAUGGGAUAAAAUUCGCAAAUUGGCUCGUGUGGAAACGAUGGCAUUUUCAACCCACAAGAGGUACUCGGAGACAAUCAUACCUGACAUUGCACGCGCAUGCUCUCUCGUUUUGGAUAUUAACGAAGAUGAUAUAAUGGACGCCUUCGGUGUGUCGUUUGUAUGUUUUGUUGGUCAGUAUGGUUACGAUAAAAUCUUGAGUGUUCUCGGCAGGAACAUGAGGGAUUUCCUAAAUGGACUAGACAAUCUCCAUGAAUAUUUACGAUUCAGUUAUCCAAAACUGAAACCACCAUCUUUCUUUUGCACAAACGAAAGCACAAGCGGGUUGACACUUCAUUACAGAAGCAAGAGAAAAGGAUUCAUACACUACGUUAAAGGACAAAUUCGACAAGUAGGAAAACUAUUUUACAAAAUCGAAAUCGUCAUAGAUGUAGUCAGUGUAGAGAUUCAAGAAAGUACUACUCAUGUGGUGUUUAGGUUACAUUUUGAAAAUAACGCUUAUAAAGAGGAAUUAGUGAAGCAGCAAGCAUUUGCUUCGAACACUCUUCCUUUGAACAGCGGGAUGUUCUUUAACCUCUUUCCGUUUCAUGUUGUCUUUACUAGAAGUUUUGAAAUCAAGGGAAUCGGCUCAGGGAUUGCGGCAGUCUUCCCAACAGCAAAAGGACAAAAACUUAAUACGUUAUUUUCAUUGACCCGUCCACUCAUUGAUUUUAAAUGGGAUAAGAUAUUAGAACACACAAACAACGUGUUUGAAUUGAAAUCUCACAAAUCUCUAAAGAGAUCAGGAUGCCCUUUUGAAGAAAUUGCGAGAGAAGCAUUUAAAAAAGACGGCAAAGAAGAAAAGAAAGAACGUACUCUGAGCAGCUCAGACACACUCAGUAGUAAUGGAACGGGUGAACAAGAGGAGGUCCGAAAGGAUAGUAUCGAAAAGGAAUCCUCGGACGAAGAUGAUGGACAUCACAUUCACCUGAAGGGUCAGAUGAUGUACAUGAUGGAGUGGGAGUGUAUAAUAUUCCUAGCCACGCCCAUAUUGGAAGACCCUGAUGCAAUGUUCAGAACUGGCUUGUAUAUUAAUGAUCUCAGUAUGCAUGACUCUAGUCGAGAUUUGGUCCUAGCGGGGACCCAGCAGUCUGCAGAACUUAAACUUGCUCUGGACCAGGAGCAACAGAAAAGCAAGAUUCUCGAGGAGAGCAUGAAGAAACUGGAUGCUGAGAUGAAGAGAACAGACUCCCUUCUCUAUCAGAUGAUACCAAAACCUGUGGCGGAUCGACUGAGGCGCGGCGAGCCUGCAAUUACGACAUGUCAGGUUUUCGACAAUGUAACGAUUUUGUUCAGUGACGUAGUCGGCUUCACGUCCAUUUGCAGUCAAAUUUCACCAAUGGAGGUUGUAUGCAUGCUGAAUGCUAUGUACACAAAGUUCGACCAACUCAGCGAGCGUCACGGGGUCUAUAAGGUAGAGACAAUCGGUGACGCCUACAUGGUUGUGUCCGGUGCACCGGAGAUAACACCAUACCACGCCCUUAAUAUCUGUAACAUGGCACUGGACAUGAUCUCCUCAAUGGUGGAAUUGUCUGAUCCCUCCACUGGGGGACACAUGAGAAUUCGUGUCGGAAUACACAGUGGGACGACGGUAGCGGGGGUCGUGGGGAUAAAGAUGCCUCGGUACUGUUUGUUUGGAGACACCGUGAAUACAGCAUCCAGGAUGGAGACUAAUGGAGAGGCUAUGAAGAUUCAUAUCAGUCAAACCACCUGGGAUCACAUUAAAGACCAUCCAUAUAAAGUUGAAGAACGUGGAUCCAUCCCUAUUAAGGGUAAAGGCAGUAUGAAAUCCUACUGGUUACUUUAUUUGGAUGCCAACGACGACACUUUACCAAAGUCUGUCACAAACACCCCGAAAAAAGAACUGAAAAAUACUCCUUCACUGGACAAUAGAAGUCUUUAUUCUCCUAUUUCCUUUGACGAUAUUCCAAGAAAACGAUCCAUGGAUGCCUCUUUAGAUAUCAUUAAACAAAACGAACGAAACAACUCACUGGAACUAUCGUCCCACAGUAAAAGAAAUGGUUCUCUGGAUAUGGUGUCUUCUCCUUUACGAGGAGUAGAGAAGCACGGAAGUUAUUCACCGCAGAUAGGCAAACAAUUUAAUUUCAGGAAAACUUCACCUGACACCCAUAACGGUGAAACCACAAAGGUUAAAUUUACAACGGAGAAUAAUCACGGGUUUAGAGGAAAUGGCAAAGGAUUUCUAGGAGAAGAGAAAAGUUCCUUGUGUCAGAUUUUGUGAAUAUUUGAAAAGAUUUAUCGCAAUGAAAUGGAAAAUCCACGCAAUGUGUUCCCUUCUCUUAUUUUGAAUUUUGUGCGUAUAUUGCUGUCUACCACACGAAAACCAAUGUCUGCACUUGAAGUCAAAUGCUCACAGGCCCUUUGUUGUUUGUAUAUCUGUGAUAUCCCUUCUCUCCAAUUCGUUUCGAUGCUUUCGAUGAAAUAUCAUGUUUAUUUUGAAAUGGAGGGAAAUAGUAAUGCUAAUCCAAAAAAUCUCUACUCGUUUUUAACCAUAUGCAUUGUUUCAAAGUAUGAAGCAUUGUUUUGUAUAUUUUGUAUUAGGGUGAACUUUUAAUAUUUGUCCAACAUUUAAUACUAUUUUUGAACAUGUAUCUCAAAGUAUGAAACCAUUGGUUUGAAUUUCUAUUUAUUAUUUAUUAUGCAUGGGUCCCUAUUUUAAAUG